UUGAGGUUGUGGCUAACUGAAGAUAAGAAUCUUUUCUUCAGAAAAAAAAAAUAGAAUCUUUUCAACUUUUGCUAAUUUUGAGUUUAGAUUCUAAUAUUAUUAUAUUUUUCAAUUUUUAGCUAAUUUACAAGAUACGGCUUUUAAGGAAGCCCCCCACAUCAAUCGACAAACACAGUGAUAAUAACUCCCAAUUGCUUAACAUAUCUUCAUAAAAUCUUAGAAAAAAGAUCGAAGGAAAAGGACAAACAAAAUUCUCAGAAUGUCAGUCAGUGGUGGGAAAUAGAGAAAAAGAAGAUAUCAUUUUUUAUUGCAUUCAGUUUUUGUGAACUGUUAUAGGUGAAAGGGAGGUGGCUUUUUCAAUAAGCGGUGGCAGUGAAGGAAGAAGAAGAAAACAAACACAAGGGAUUUGCCCCCUUUUUCUCUUUUGGUUUCCCAUUCAUCGAAGCACCGCCAAAACUUCUAUAGCACUAUGAUUAAUCAUAGUGAGGAUGAUGAAUCGUUGACAAAACCCCUUGGAAGGUGUUCCGUCUUUUAUUACGGCAUUGGGCACAUGCUCAACGACAUAACUUCAGCCUGUUGGUUCACUUAUCUCUUAGUCUUUCUAACGGAUAUUGGAUUAUCCCCCAGUGAUGCUGCAGUUGUAAUGCUCUCAGGUCAAGUUGCAGAUGGAUUGACUACUAUAUUUGCUGGGGAACUGAUAGACAGAUUCGGGCAUUUUAAAGUAUGGCAUAUUGCAGGAUCUCUCUUGGUUGCUGUCUCAUUUUCUUCGGUGUUUGGCGGUUGCUUGCCUUGCAAACUUAUUGGUUCUGAUUCGGCCAAGCUGCAAACUAUUGGUUACAGCGUGUUCGCUGCAAUCUUCAAUGUGGGAUGGGCUGCUACUCAAGUAUCGCACAUGUCAAUGGUGAACUGCAUUACACUGAACUCGACAAGCAGAGUAGUUUUAGCUAGUUGCCGCAAUGCUUUUACAAUGGUUGCAAACCUUAGCUUAUACGCAGUUGCUUUUGUUGUGUUCAAUGUCGUCGGAGCAGGGACACCUGCUGCUGUCGAAAAUCAGUAUCGUUGGAUUGCAUAUAUAUCAAUUUUAAUUGGAAGCUGCUUCGUCGUUGUGUUUGCUAUUGGAACCAGAGAGCCAAGGUUGAAACUAGAAGCUCAUGUUAAAGGUUAUGUUAGAAUUUCUUGGAUGUAUUGGUUUAAGAAAAUCUUAUAUCACCAAGUUGCUCUUGUUUACGUGCUUACCAGACUUGUGACUAAUGUCUCCCAGGCAUUUCUUGCUUUCUAUGUGAUCAAUGACCUGCAGAUGAGUCUAUCUUCAAAAGCGUUGGUCCCUGCAAUCAUCUUUGUCUGCAGCUUCAUUGUAUCCAUCCUGCUACAGGAGAUUAAGUGGACAAGCCAGCGAUUGAAGGGCUUUUAUACUGCAGGAGGUCUCCUUUGGGUACUUUGUGGCAUAGGAAUACUCCUGCUUCCAAGAAACAUGAAUGCAUUUAUGUAUAUCUUGUCGAUAUUCAUUGGCAUAGCAAAUGCCUUGAUAAUGGUAACUGGAGUGGGCAUGCAAAGUGUCUUGGUUGGGCGAGAUCUCAAUGGCUGUGCUUUUGUGUAUGGAUCAUUGAGCUUUAUGGAUAAAAUGAUAUGUGGGGUAGCUUUGUUCAUUCUCGAGUCAUAUCAGAGAUCCACUCCAGAACUGCACAACUGCAGUCCGAGUUACCAUUUCUUCUCCCUCAAUCGGUAUGCACUAGGUCUCGUUCCAGCAGUUUGUGCACUCCUUGGUGUGAUAAUCACCUGUAGUAUGAACCUCCAGACACCCAUAUUGGUGCCUCUGGAAGAACCUCUACUGGGUUAACACCUAAGUACUGCUCACUGAUGCUCUUAUAAUCAAGUCAUGUUAAAGAAACGGAUUCAAGCCUGAUGAUUUUUUUUCAGCAGACACCAGUUAGUUCAAAGAUUAUACAGAACAUUAUAGCUUCUUUACGGGCAAUUUCAACCAAUUUAGGAUUAUUUGUACAUACUCUGAUCUGUAUAUGUACAAUGAUAUGAAGAAUUAUAGUCUUGAAAUUAAAUUGUCAAAAAAUGUACAGAGCUAGAAAGAUGUUCUUGCUGUAUAACUCUUGUAACAUGAUAAUAUUUGUUUUCUUUUUCUAGCUUAAUGUUAUCUGUGCACUUCCUUUUA